AUGCGACUCCGCCGCGAAUUUUCGCUAGCUCUCCUGUGCUUCUGCCUCCGCGAUAUUUGUAGCACAGCUUUAUCUCAGAGCAGGGGUGAGUUCGCGCGCGAUAAGAGAUACCUGGUGUACCCGCGGCCCGGAGAAAGAUAUGCGGCGACGAAAGUUCAGUUAAUCCUCGGCUUCGGUAUACCCAUGGAGGUUGACGUCAGCAUGAUUAUCGGCUAUGUGCUGAAAUUUAAUUACGACCUGCCGUAUAACGCUUCGUACUUGACGGAUCCAUAUGUUCGCUAUGACAGAUCGAUCAACCGCCGUGCACAACCUGAUGGAAAUGACGCUUCCUCGCCGAGUACGAAAGACGAGACGGCCUUGAUAUCCAGAUGGGAGUAUUACGAGAUCCUUGAAUCGGCUUUCGAGCCAGCGCGUUCGGGCAAAGCCUGCCUUUUAAAAAGCAUUUGCGAGACCGCGGCGGUGCCUUUCGGUCGAAGUCGUAGUUUGACUGCGCAGCUCGUCCACGUUUUCCUCACGCCCUCGACCACAUCCGAACCGUUCAGGCACGCCUUCGAUCAGGAGUAUCGCGCCGCUGAAGCUGCAGGGCGACGAGACGGCGGGAGUUGCGAGCGCUUGUUCACGGAAUGCCCGGAGAGUCUUUUGGAAUACUUCACCGAAAUAUUCGAGUGAUCGGCCCGCCGGCGACGUUAUUAUUCUUUCGGCGACACGCCCUGGAAUUAAUCCUUUUUUUUUUAUCAGGAACACAACCUCUAUUGUUCUGCGCAAUAAUAAGCAUCGCGGCAUUAAAUAUUUGAACAUUCACGGGAAGUUGCUUAAUAUCCCGUCGGGGAAAACAAAGGGUUAAUUAGCAAAUUAUCACAGGUGGUCUGACUUCGCCUGGAAGUUCGUUAAUUUCCGCGUAGCCUCUUCCACAGCGUAUUCUAACUGAAAGGAAGUCUUAAAAGGACAAUAACGUUGCCCAUGAGCGAAGACGUGCCACGAGAAUUUAUAGAAAAAUUGAUAAUGACGUUCUUGAUACACACCGUUUCACCGCGUCAGCACCGCGCGCAUGAAUAAAACGUGGAAAAGCUAAUGAAUGAACAAUAAUUAGCGCGCGUCGUUAUCACAUUUCAGGCUUUGAUAAUUGACAUAACAUUUCUUUGUGAUCUGCGUGCGUGAACUCUUCAUCACGAAUGUCAAAGUAGGUUUAAGAUUUGAUAAGAUUUGAGAAAUAAUACGUUACUGUUACGAAUUAUUUUUUCGAUAGUACCGACUUAGUAAUGACGUUACAUUUUCAUUAGUAACGCCAUUAGUAACACAAUUACAUUUCUUGAGCAAAUACAACAAAUGUAAUUUCUUCUAUUAUUACUUUGUAUAUAUACAAUACAUGUACAAUACAUGGAAUGAGUACGGUAAUAGUAACGGAAAAGUCUACGAAAUUUCCUGAAAAAAGUAAUGUAAAUUGUAAUGGCUCGUUACUUCAUCAAUAACGAUAACGGUGAUGAGUUAUUUUUUUUUUAAUGGGUAACAUUUAAUUUUUUUCUAAAUGAAUAAUGGUAAUGAGUUACUCUUCAAAACAAGUAACGAAUUAUUUUCCAAAAUAAAUAACAAUAACAGUAACAAGUUAUUUUUCUCAAAAUAAAUAAUAAUAACAAUAACAAGUUAAUUUUCAAAAAGACUAGCGGUGACGGUAACAAGUUACUUUUUCCAAAAUGAAUAACGGUGAGAGUAUCAAGUUAUUUUUCAAAAUAAAUAAUGGUAAUGGUAACAAAUUAUUUUUUAAACUGUAAGUAAUGAUAACAAAAUAAUUAACUAUAAGAGUAACAAGUUAUUUUUUAAAAUAAAUAACGGUUAUGGUGACAAAUUAUUUUUCAAAGUAAUGAUAACGGUAAAGGUAAUGAGUUAUUUUUCAAAAUGAGUUAACGAUAACAGUAAUUAAUUAUUUAUUCAAAAUGCGUGUCAACAAAGAUAACAAGUUAUUUUUCUUAAAAUAAAUAAUCGUAACAGUAAAAAGUUAUUUUGUAAAUAAUCGUAACAGUAAAAAGUUAUUUUUCAAAAAGAAAUAACGAGUUAUUUUCCAAAACGCGUGACAAUUCCGAUAACGAGUUAUUUUGUUCGCAAUAAGUAACAGUACAAUAAUACAGUACAGUAAGUUAUUUUCCAAAAAGAAUAACGGUAACGAAUUGUUUCUCAAAAUAGAUAGAAGUAACAAAUUAUUUUUUAAAAUGGGUAACAUUAACGGUAACGAUUUACUGUUUUCAACGAGUAUCGAGCAAGCAACGGUAACGAGUUACUUUGCAAAAUUAACUUUUCCAACCGUUUAUUGACAUCAGGAUUAACGUGCGACACCGCCGGAAAGAAAUAACCGAAGAUUGCGGGCGCAAACCGAAUAAACUUUUUAAUAACAGCCGCCUCCAUCGCAACGCAUGGUGAUUAGUGACCGGUUUCGGCCUCUAUAAAUUUCGAGCGGACCAUUUUCUCCUCGCAUGCAGCUGUUAUCGAGAACGCGAGUAUUGGCAAUAACGUCCGAUAUAACUGCGUCACGUCCUGUCGCCGGCAUCCUCCGCGUUUCUCGGUUCGGCGCGCGUCCUCUCACCGUGCCGCCCCUCGCGCGUCCAUUCAUCCCUCCUCACUCUCCUUAAUAUUUGUAAUAUCGGCUCCGACGAUCCGCACGGCCAUCCUAGCUCGUAACUCACUUUUUACGCGAACGAGCUCUGCGCAUCCCGACCCUAUCUCGGGGUGUCCACGGCUGUCCAGGAACUAGCAGAACCAACCUGGGGGAUCCUCUUAAUACGCAGGACGCGCGGAUUCCUGCCGCACGGAGGAUCGUUUUGCCUUAUCGAGUGUGUACGGGAGACGUAGGGAGGAAUUGGCGUAGUUUUCUGUGCACACACCGCCGCGAAAUGUAUUGUUCACGAAUGGAUCCCGCCACGGAAAUUGAAUUACAACUUCGGAACGACGUAAUAAAACUCCUCACCCUCGUCGCGCGCAUAUCCUCCGCCGUGUUCGUCGGGCUUCUUGUCGCAGGGGCUUCUAGCGCGAGAGGAAAAAGCGGCGAAACGCGAUCCCGGCUGUUUCCCCUAGGCGGUUUCAACGAGAGCCUAGCUUCACUUUAUCCACCGGCGAGAAGCAGACUGUGAUUCGCGACGGAAACGCAGUCCGUGUUUACCGCGCUCAACGUAGCCAGAAGUGACCGUUAAUCAUUUAUCUCGAGCACCUCCAAGGUGCUGACGAACAAUGGGUUUAUAUCGCUUUUUGUUCUGUUUUCGUCUCGUUUUCGUCAGUUUGUUUUGUUGUUGUUUUUUUUUUUCAAUUUUUCCUUUUAAGUGGCACGUACAACCGGGCCGCUGCGGAAAAUGGAUCCUCCGAUACCGCCAUUGUUGGCCGGCGUGAUAAACUGACCCCGCAUACGUCUUCUUUUGUUUCAGAAAUGCCCUGCGCGCUGUUACGUAACCAUUUAUUUUUUUUAGUCCGACACCGAUUUCGGGCAUUGUAUCCCGUGAUCCAACGUCUCGCGCGACUAAGAGAAACAAUUGUAAUCGCGGAAGCGUCAUCCGCCGAGUUGUCGAACAAGCAUUUGAUCGUUUUGAUUGUUCGAUCAUAUUAAUUAGUCACAUUGUUGGUUAAUUAAUUUUUUAGCGAUUGUCAAGGAGUAAAAUUUAUAUAGGGUGUGCUAUAACUCACAGAAGAGUCGCGGUACACAGAGUGUUGCAAUAACAUACAACUCAUUAUAACGGGUUGCCUAUCCGUGAGGUGCGCGCGUCCAGACGAUAACGCAAAGAUUAAUAACGCUAGUCUCUCACCUAUCUUUCGAACGAAGUUGCAAUAUUUCUAGUUAUCAAGAUUUCAACGAGUCCGUCAGACUCAGCUCCGAAUACAUCGUAUUUUUUUAUGUUAAAGAAAAUGUUUAAAAUAUCUACUAUUAAAGAUAUAUUAAUAAUAAAAAAAUAUUAUAAUAUAUUAUAGAUUUGAUAAACAUAGAUUUAUAUUAU